GAUCCAACUGGUGUCUUAUGGCAUAACUUUUUAAAUUAUGAUUCAAAAAAGGCGACUGGAUAUGUUAACCUAAGAAAUCAAGGAGUUACCCUAAAAAAUCAAGGAACAACAUGUUAUUUAAAUGUCGAGUUACAAUUAUUAUAUAGCAUAAAAUAUUUUCGUAAGGCAAUAUAUCAAAUACCUACAGAAGGUAACGAACCAGACAAAAGUAUUUCUUUGGCCAUGCAAAGGGUUUUUUAUACAUUACAAGAAUCAGAAAAUUCAGUUGGAACAGUGGAAUUAACAAGAUCUUUUGGUUGGGAUUCGUCAUAUUGUUUUAUGUCUCAUGAUGUACAGGAGUUUGAUAGUGUGUUACUAGAUAAAAUGAAGAAUACAAGUGCAGAUGGCGCUAUUUCUAAAUUGUUUGCAGGAAAGAUGAAGAGUUAUGUUAGAUGUGUCAACAAAAAUUAUGAGAGUUCGCGUAUUGAAGAUUACUAUG